UCAUGUACUGCGAGGGUGCUUGCCGGCCUUGAUGGAUCAUUGGGUGCCUCCUUCUUCUUCUUCCUUCUCCGGCGCGGAUGCGGCUUCUUCGAAUCCUCGCUGCCGCUUCGAUGAGGUGUGGAGAGCAUGCGGGAGGUCCGGCACCGCGGCUGUGGCGGCGGCCUGGUGGGCGCUCGGCGCGCUGCUCACCUUGGUCUUCGCCGUCGUGGGUUCGGUAGUUGGGUUCUUCAUUGGUGCCUGCAUGGGGAUGUCCACCGAAAGCGGCGUGCUCCGGGGCGCCGGUGUGGGAGCACUCUCCGGUGGGGUCUUCUGCACCGAGGCCGUUGAAUCCUGCAUCGAGAUUUGGAGAUCCAGUGAAUCUGGAAAAUAUAGCAUUCUCUUUGUGCUUGACAUCAUCUCUAGCCUCUUCAGUGGACGAAUUGUUUGCGAGAUGGUCAGCCCGGCACUGCAACAUGCAGUGCAAAGCCAGAUGAGUUCACUGAGUACACCAUUCAUCGACAACAGUGACCUUUUCGAGACCGGCGGUACGGAUGGCAUGUCAAGAGAUCUGAUCAACAAGAUCCCGGCGAUCAGGUUCAGAGCCGCAACUGGUUCUGAUCAGGAAACUGAUGAGAGCUGCUGCUGUUCAGUGUGCCUUCAGGAUUUCGGAUCGUGCCAAUUUGUGAGAGUUUUGCCUCAGUGCCAGCACAUUUUCCAUGUGCCAUGCAUCGACAACUGGCUUCAGAGAAACGCGUCCUGCCCACUGUGCAGGUGUGGUGUUCAUAUAGUAGACCAUAUGCAUAUGUAAACAAAUUGGCUGUGCACCUGGUGUAUUUUCAUAUAGUCAAAUACCCGUACGUGCUUGAUGUGUGUGAGAAAAAUCUGACAUGAAAUGACAAGAACCUUCUUCAUGAUGCGUCUUGAGGAAAAUCCGAGGCUGCUAGUAACGGCUGGCAUUUCCUUUUAUUGGGAGCAGACGGAACCUCUCCAUCAGCAUGCUGUUUAGAGAGCGAGACGUGACGUGCCUACUCGCAGAAGGUACAAUGCGACAGACAAAUUGAUUGAUACAACCAUCAAGGAGGUUUUAAUAACCAUGUUUUAUGGCUAUGUACUGAUGGAGAGGUGAUCCAACGUCGUUGCUUUGUGUAUUUCACCAUAAAUCCUCUAAUUUCACUAUCAAUAUGGGUUACUUGUGAGACCCGGCUAGAAGGUCUGAUAUAUACAAUUGUAUUCUCAGUUAUCUCUCCUACUUAAAAUCCUUUGGACUUGAAAUUCACCUUUUAGACUAUCAGGAGGGCAAGAGCCCCCUGGUUCCAUUGCAUUAACGAAAGGGGUGCGCUAGAUGCCAGUCGGUUGUACGGAUAAAAGAACAGCCACCCUCUCUAUCGUCCGAUUCAUCCUCAUAUAUGCUUUCCUAGGCUCCCAGCCGUCUGACAAGUCAAAACAAAAAAGCACUCUUCAUCUCAUCACUAGCACGCUUCUUCCCCGCCGUGACCGAUCACCCUGGGCGUUCGGGUAUUUCGAUUCGGGUACUUCGGUUUAUGGGUAAUUCUGAUACUCAAAAAUAGGAAACAAAAAUUUUCUGCCAAAAAA